AUGUUUGGAUUUAUCCAUGAAAGUAUUCGACAACUUAUGCUGAGAAAAUAUGGGGAGGAAUUCUGGGCGAAAGUACUGCAGAGAGCGGGAUUUGAAAACGGAAAGGAAAACAUAGUCAACCACUACUACUCCGAUUCUGAUACCUACAUUCUGGUGGAUGCUGUCAGUGUGAUUUCGAAGAUGUCUCGGGAACAAGUUUGGGAAAUGUAUGGUGGAUUUCUCAUAGAGUACACUAUGGAAAUAGGCUGGGACGAUCUGAUUCGCUCCAUGAGCCCUAACCUGAAGGGGUUCCUGGACAAUUUGGACUCGCUUCACUAUUUCAUUGAUCAUGUUGUGUACAAGGCGAACCUAAGAGGACCAUCUUUUCGAUGUGAAGACAACCCAGAUGGAACACUCACUUUGCACUACUAUACGGGAAGACCCGGCCUCUAUCCAAUUGUGAAAGGUAGUUGA